UUUCUCUUCCUGUCCUAAUGGCCAGCUUCGACGCUCCAUCUUUCUCUCUCGGCCUCGAACUCGACGCCGAUUGGGAGUCCCGAUUACCGACGCGAGACCACCCCGAACCCAUCUCAGCCCCGGAUUCUUCCGCGAGCUUCAAGUUCAACACCUUCAAAGACAAUGCUGACGAGCUCGAGUCUCCACAAGUUAUGGACUCGGAUCCGGAUACCCGACCCGACCCUCCUCGUGUCUUGAAGCGGUUGCGUCGGGCCGCUGAUAAAUGUUCGGCGACGAAGCAAGAAUCAGAAAAGCCGUUAGUUUGGAAUGAUGGGGAUGAUGAGAUCGAAGAAUUCUCUUCUUCACAGGAAAAAAAUGAUGUGGAUUCAUCAAUCCAAUACCAUUCUGUAUGUAGCAGUUCCAAAAUCCCAUUGAAGGGACUUGGGGUUUUAACCACUCAAUCAUCCAACCAGUGGAGUUCAAGGAAAAAGGAACAAGCUUCCGAUGCCCCAGCUUCUACAAGUAUAAAGGCCAGACAUGAUGGAUUGACAUUUCCAAAAUUAACUAUUAGUCCUCUUCGAAGAUUUCAGUUACUUGACUCAGAUUCUGAUGAUUCCUCUGGAUUCGAGAAUACAGGCAAAGGAGCUGCUAAAAUUGAUCCACCAUCACAGGAAUUACAAUCUACAGCCAGUGAUAAAAAGAGAAAGACAUCAGUUGGUGCACCUCAAAAUGAUGAUUUAUGGAAAGAUUUCUCUCCAAUGAAUAGUUCUCAUAUUCCAACACCUGCUUUUGAUGAGGUCUGUAAAGAAUAUUUUCAAUCUAUGAAGGAUAAGAAUGUAGCUCAGAAACUUGGUGGCCAGAAGGAGGAGCAACUCUGGGAUUUAGAUGACUCCUUACCUCCAGCACAUCGCUACUUUUUCCAUGCUGAUCCAAGGGUCCAAAAAUUAGUUUGCAGUCGCUUACCCUUCUUCUCCCCAUUGGGCAUGGUCAAAAGCAGACAAAAUCAACAAGCUAAUGUGUCAAUGGUUGAUUAUAUGAGUCAAUUCAGCAAUGGAGAAUCUUCAAAACAGAGAGGAUCUCAAAAAGAUGAAGGCAAGAAUUACCGAACAAGUAGAAGAAACAAAUCAAAAAAAUCAAGUGCCGAAGAAAGUGCCUCCGAAGGCUGGGUAGAUCCAAAAAGCAGUGCAGCUAUUCCAAAGAAUGCUGGGAAGAGAAGGGUUCAUGCUAGUGGUCAACCUGCUGGUCACUGGUAUACAUCUCCAGAAGGGAGGAAGGUUUAUGUUUCCAGGAGCGGAGAGGAAUUUUCGGGUCAAAUGGCCUAUAGGCAAUACCGGAAGGAGAGUGGAGCUGGCUUUAAAAAGUCAAAAAAGAAAAGCAAUGCCAAGAGAUGAAGGUGAAUGCCUUCAUAUGUGGAAUGUAUUUUCCAUUUUUUUCUUUUGUUUUUAGUGCUGUGAAUGUAACAUGUUUCA